AUGGAGCAGAUUCCCGCCGUCGCCAGCACGUCCGCCGAGGCGAUGUAUCGCGAUGUCGUGCAUCGCCGCUGGGCACGCGCCUUUCUCUUCCACCUGCUCUCCAUCGGCCCCUUCCUCUUCCUCUGGGCCGCGCCGCUCGUCGUCCGCGCGGGCCUCCUCCCAUCGCUCCUCUCCUUCUUCUCGCUGCGCCUUUACCUCGCUUUCGCGAUUUUUGAUCUUUCGCAACUUCUUUUCGUUCUAGCUCACCACGCCAUCGUCGUCGCAGACGCCCCUCCCCUCCCCUCCACUGCCUCCCUCCUCUCUUCCGCCGCGAAUCUCGCCGGAUUUGCCGGCAUAUCAGAUCCACGCCCGUUCGUGCACCAAGACCAACAGAUUCGCGCAUCGCACGACGGGUUUCGCGGGCCCGCCAGCCAAUGGGAGGCGGAAGCGGCUCGGGCGACGCUAGCUGGCCGCGCCAAGUUCGCUUCUCUUUGCGCCGCGGCGGGCGCCGCAGGUGCGAUCGCGCUCUCGCUCUUCCGCGCGCAGCUUCUGCGCAGCACGGCGGAGACCGAAUCCAACGACGAGUGGCCGCCAGACGGUUGGGCCGUGGCGGGCGAGGCGGGAUUCGGCGGCGCGGUGGGGGUGCUGUUCGCGGCGUACCACGUGGUGCGGCGCGACUACCUCCUCGCGUUCCCCGUGCUGCAGCGCGCCCCGUUCUACCGAUUCAAGACGACCCUCCCGCGCUGCGCCACGUCAGCAGCCACAUUCGGGUGCAUCACCGCGCUCCUCUACUCCCUCCUGCUCCGCCCGCUCCUGCUGCCGCUCCUCGCCACCGCCACCACCACCGCCACCGGCAUCCCGCUCACCUUCCUCGCCGCCCCGCCUCUCUCCAUCCGCGCACUGCUGCUCUCUCUGCUGGCUCGCCUGCACGGCGUGGCGUUCCUGGCCUUCUCCUGGGAGGCCGCUGCGGCCGCCACGAACAUCUUCCUCACCCACCGCCACCUCUUCCUCCCCGCGCCCUCCUCCCCCUCCUCCCCCCUCGCCCCCCUCCUCCUCGCCCUCUCCCCCUCCCCUGGCCCCGCAACUCCUCCAUCCCCUGUCCCCCUGCCCCUCCUCGCCCUGCCCCGCCUCGUGCUCCACUGGGCGCUGCUCGACCUCUCGCUGCUCGCCGAAUCAGAGGCUGACACGUGGCGCCGCGCGGUGCUGUUUGAGUCGCAGGAGGCGUACAGCGCAGUGGUGGCGGCGUGCAUCCGCCCCAUCGAUGCCAUGACGGCCCGAGUCGCUGCUGCUGCUGGUUAUCCCACCGUUACUACUGCACUGCAGCAGCAGCAGCAGCAGCAUUAUUCCUUACAGUCACCCACGGCUGCAUUCACAGCAGCCGGGUUUGCCUCUGCUGAAGGGAUGAGAUGGCGGCAGGGGAAGGGCGGAGGGGAGGGGGUGGAGGGGCAGGCGCUGCAAGGGGGAGGGGUCUUGGGAAGCGGCGCAUAUGGGAGUGGAAUGGGCGUGGGGGGCGUGGAGGGGAGGAGGAGAGCGCCCAGCGCAGCUGAGGUGUUCUUUGACUGGCAGGUGAGCGGGCGGCAGGUGAGCGGGCGGCAGGUGAGCGGGCGGCAGGUGAGCGGGCGGCAGGUGAGCGGGCGGCAGGUGAGCGGGCGGCAGGUGAGCGGGCGGCAGGUGAGCGGGCGGCAGGUGAGCGGGCAGCCGGUGAGAGGGCGGCAGCUGUGUGUCAUGAGCAUGCGCGCGCUGGCAGCGCUGACAGCAGCGUCGCGGGGGGAGGACCGCAUGGGCGUGGCGCAGAUGGCGGGCGCCAACGCCGCGGCGCUCUCCGCGCUGCUCUCUGCACUGCUCGCCCUUGACUCGCUCCUCCUCUCCCCCUCCCACCGCCACCCUGCCGCCCCCGCCACCUUCUCUGGCUUUGGGGAAGCUUCCUCGCAAGCGACUCCUCCAGGUGCCUCUCAACCUGCCUUCUCCCACCAGACCUCGGUUCUAGCUUCAGGAAGCGAGGGAUUAUUUGGCACACCGACCCUCGGUCUUAGGGGCCUCACCCCCAUGCUCCACCUCCUUCGCCCCUCCCCCCACCUCCUUCCUUCCACCCCUAGCUUCAGACUCAACCUCACCUUCUCCCUUCACUUCCCCCGUGGCUUCUCCCUUCCCCUCGCCCUCCUCUACCCCCUGGGGCCCCUUCCAGCCGCUCUCCUGCAGCCACUGGCGCCACGUCUUGAGGUGCGGGUUGCAGCGCCGCGCAUUGCUGAUGUCAUGACAGCCGAAGUACGUGUGCUGGGAGAACCAGCGGAACAUCUGCUCAGGAGGCACAGGAAGGCGGACGGACAAGUGAGAGGGAGCGUGGCAUGGCAGCACCCCAGGGGCGCACAAAGGAAACACUCCAACCGUUCCUUCUUCGCCACCCCAGCCUGUCCCCUGAAGCCACACAAUGCAGAGUGCGUGCGUCCCUCACCAUUCACCCCUCACCUCCCUCCCCCCUCACCUCCCUCCCCCCUCACCUCCCUCCCCCCUCACCUCCCUCCCCCCUCACCUCCCUCCCCCCUCACCUCCCUCCCCCCUCACCUCCCUCCCCCCUCACCUCCCUCCCCCCCUCACCUCCCUCACCCCUCCCCCUCACCUCCCUCCCCCCUCACCUCCCUCCCCCCUCACCUCCCUCCCCCCUCACCUCCCUCCCCCCUCACCUCCCUCCCCCUCACCUCCCUCCCCCCUCACCUCCCUCCCCCCUCACCUCCCUCCCCCCUCACCUCCCUCCCCCCUCACCUCCCUCCCCCCUCACCUCCCUCCCCCCUCACCUCCCUCCCCCCUCACCUCCCUCACCCCUCACCUCCCUCCCCCUCACCUCCCUCCCCCCUCACCUCCCUCCCCCCUCACCUCCCUCCCCCCUCACCUCCCUCCCCCCUCACCUCCCUCCCCCCUCACCUCCCUCCCCCCUCACCUCCCUCCCCCCUCACCUCCCUCCCCCCUCACCUCCCUCCCCCCUCACCUCCCUCCCCCCUCACCUCCCUCCCCCCUCACCUGCGUCCACUCGUCAGAGGCCGCCUUCUCAGUGGUGUGCAGGCGGGCGGGGCGGCCCGUGACGCGGUGGAAGUCGGAGACGUACUGGUGCAGGGGGGCGUGGUAGCCCGCUAG